AUGGCUGCUCCUGCCAAGAUUGACCGUCAAACAACAACGCCCUUCCUCUUGCGCCUCUUCUUCAAGCAGGGCUCAUUUAACAGGCUAGACGAGUUUGACCCAGCACUACCACGCCUUCCAAGAAACGUUCAAAUCUACACAUGGCAGAGCUGUAAUCUGCGCGAACUAUGCACGCUACUUCUCAGCGCAGUUCCGACAUUACUACCACAACCGUAUACUGGAUCGCGUAUCGCAUUUCGACUCGUCUACCCAGACAUCCAAGGCUCCAACCGGCCAGACGCACCAGGACGCUUCAUAUCGCGAGACAUAGGCUCGGUCAUUGUAGGCGCGCCAUCACGGAAUGAGGACACCGACAUGGAAGGUGCCGACGGCCAAAGUGCUGCAGAGGCUCUCAAGCAACUCGAUGGCGACCCAGACAAGACAUUGGCAGAUGUCAGGUUUAUGAUAGGCGAUUAUGUGGCAUGUGCUAUACUCCCGCCGCUGCCCGACGGCAGUGUACCAGCUGCCCCUCCGCCACUAUCUGGACCGGGCAGGGGACCUCCAGGACAGUACGGGCGGGGGCGCGAGAACGGUUUCGGUGGAAGAGGCGACUAUGAGGCGUACCAUUUGGUGAAUGGAGGAGAGGCGAAGCGCCGCCAGAGCGGGAGCCAGGCUUUGGAAGAGGAGGAAGAGGGCGAGGUGAAGAUGACUGGCGCGAUCGUGGCAGAGGCAGAGGACGGUGGUAGGAAACAAUCUCAGUGA